GGCCUCCUCCCCCUGACCCCCCUGCUUGGCGCCUUCAGCAUCUGCACCUCCUCGCCAAGGCCCAGGGCUGCCCCACCGUGUCCCCAGCCCUGGCCUGCCGCCUGCUGCCCGCUUCCUGUUCGGCCUCCCCCUCCCUGGAGCUCACCUCCGGCCUCUGCUCUCCCCGAACGGUGUUCCCCCUGCCCUCUCCUCUUCACUUCCCUGGCCUUCCCCGUCCUCGGUGCCCCCGCUUCUCCCUGCACCCCCCACUUCUCCUCCUCACCCUUGGCUUCCCCCUCACCAGCUGAGCUGGGCCAGCCAUAUCUAGGGAGGACGAUGGGGCGCUGGGGGAAGAGGGGGACCGUGACCCCUCACGAGCAGAACCCAAGCCCAAGACCUAAAAGGGAGUCUAAUACAGGGAAGAGAAGAAAAAUGAAGAGGAAAAAAAAGAAGACUGAUUUGGAGGAGCUGAAGAAGGAAGUGGUCCUGGAGGAUCACAAAUUAACCUUGGAAGAGCUGAGCGCCAAGUACUCUGUGGACCUGACGAUGGGCCUUAGCCCCAGAAGGGCACAGGAAAUCUUGAGACAAGAUGGACCCAAUACACUUACCCCACCCCCCACCACUUCAAAAUGGUUCAAAUUCUGUAAACAGCUGUUCAGUGGCUUCUCGAUCCUACUAUGGGUUGGUGCCAUCCUCUGCUUUGUGGCCUAUGGCAUCCAGUUCCAUCAGAAGGAGGAGCCUACCAAAGAUAACCUGUACCUGGGCAUCGUACUGGCUGUCGUGGUCAUCAUCACCGGCUGCUUCUCUUACUACCAGGAGGCCAAGAGCUCCAAGAUCAUGGAGUCUUUCAGAAACAUGGUGCCUCAGCAAGCUCUGGUGAUUCGAGGUGGAGAGAAGGUUCAGAUCAAUGUGGAGAAUGUGGUGGUAGGAGACCUGGUAGAAGUGAAGGGCGGAGACCGAAUCCCGGCUGACCUCCGGCUCAUCUCCUCACAAGGAUGUAAGGUGGACAACUCAUCCUUGACGGGAGAGUCAGAGCCCCAGACCCGCUCCCCUGAGUUCACCCACGAGAACCCUCUGGAGACCCACAACAUCUGCUUCUUCUCCACCAACUGUGUGGAAGGAACAGCUCAGGGCAUUGUGAUCGCCACGGGAGACUCCACGGUGAUGGGCCGCAUCGCCUCUCUGACGUCAGGCCUGGUGGUCGGCAAGACCCCCAUUGCUGUAGAGAUCGAGCACUUCAUCCAUCUGAUCACAGCGGUGGCCAUCUUCUUUGGUGUCUCCUUCUUUGGGCUCUCACUGAUCUUGGGCUACGGCUGGCUGGAGUCUGUCAUUUUUCUCAUCGGCAUCAUCGUGGCCAAUGUGCCCGAGGGGCUGCUGGCCACCGUCACCGUGUGUCUGACCCUGACCGCCAAGCGCAUGGCACAGAAGAACUGCCUGGUGAAGAAUCUGGAGGCGGUGGAGACGCUGGGCUCCACCUCCACCAUCUGCUCCGACAAGACGGGCACCCUCACCCAGAACCGCAUGACCGUCGCCCACAUAUGGUUCGACAAGACCAUAUACAAGGCUGACACCAGCGAAGAGCAGACUGGUGACUCGAGUGGCAUGGGGAAAACAUUUGCCAAGGGCUCUGCGACCUGGUUCAUCCUGGCCCGAAUCGCAGGCCUCUGCAACCGAGCUGACUUUAAGGCUCACCAGGAGACCCUUCCCAUUGCUAAGCGGGCAACAACAGGGGAUGCUUCCGAGUCAGCCCUCCUCAAGUUCAUCGAGCAGACAUACAGCUCUGUGAAGGAGAUGAGAGAGAAAAACCCCAAGGUGGCAGAGAUCCCCUUUAAUUCCACCAACAAGUACCAGGAUAAGGCUGGGUUUGCAAGGCACUCCCGGGAAGCUCCUGCUUGCUUUCCGCGCCUGGAUUCCAGUACCUGCCAUCAGAUGUCCAUCCACCUGCAGGAUGACAGCAGCCAGACCCACGUACUGAUGAUGAAGGGGGCCCCGGAGAGGAUCUUAGAGUUUUGCUCUUCUUACCUUCUGAAGGGGGUGGAGUACCCCAUGGACGAUGAGAUGAGGAAAGACUUCCAGAAAGCCUACAUGGAACUGGGAGGCCUGGGGGAACGCGUGCUAGGGUUCUGCUUCUUGAAUCUGCCUAGCACUUUCUCCAAAGGAUUCAAGUUUAAUACAGAUGAAAUCAACUUUCCCAUGGAUAACCUUUGUUUUGUGGGGCUUGUAUCCAUGAUUGACCCUCCCCGAGCUGCAGUGCCUGACGCUGUCGGCAAGUGUCGUAGUGCAGGGAUUAAGGUGAUCAUGGUGACCGGGGACCACCCCAUCACAGCCAAGGCCAUCGCCAAAGGUGUGGGCAUUAUAUCAGAAGGCAACGAGACGGCAGAGGACAUGGCUGCGCAGCUCCAGGUCCCUAUCAGCCAGAUCAACACCAGCGAAGCCAAGGCGUGCGUGGUGCACGGCUCUGACCUGAAGGACAUGACGGCGGAGCAGCUGGACGAGAUCCUCAAGAACCACACGGAGAUCGUGUUCGCGCGGACGUCCCCGCAGCAGAAGCUCAUCAUCGUGGAGGGCUGUCAGAGGCUGGGGGCCAUUGUGGCGGUGACCGGGGACGGCGUGAACGACUCCCCCGCGCUGAAGAAGGCUGACAUUGGCAUCGCCAUGGGCAUCACGGGCUCCGACGUGUCGAAGCAGGCCGCCAACAUGAUCCUGCUGGACGACAACUUUGCCUCCAUCGUCACGGGCGUGGAGGAGGGCCGCCUCAUCUUCGACAACCUGAAGAAAUCCAUCGCGUACACCCUGACCAGCAACAUCCCCGAGAUCACCCCCUUCCUGCUCUUCAUCAUCGCCAACAUCCCCCUGCCCCUGGGCACCAUAACCAUCCUCUGCAUCGACCUGGGCACCGACAUGGUCCCGGCCAUCUCCUUGGCUUACGAGUCAGCUGAAAGUGACAUCAUGAAGAGGGCCCCACGGAAUCCAAGGAGCGAUAAUCUGGUGAACCACCGCCUCAUCGGCAUGGCCUAUGGACAGAUUGGGAUGAUCCAGGCUCUGGCUGGAUUCUUCACCUACUUUGUGAUCCUGGCCGAGAACGGUUUCAAGCCUGUUGACCUGCUAGGCAUCCGCCUCAACUGGGAGGACCGGUUCUUCAAUGACCUGGAAGACAGCUACGGACAGCAGUGGACCUACGAGCAGCGGAAGGUGCUGGAGUUCACCUGCCACACGGCCUUCUUUGUCAGCAUUGUGGUCGCGCAGUGGGCCGACCUCAUCAUCUGCAAGACCCGGCACAACUCAGUCUUCCACCAGGGCAUGAAAAACAAGAUCCUAAUAUUUGGGAUCAUGGAGGAGACCUUCCUGGCUGCUUUUCUGUCCUACACUCCAGGCAUGGACACGGCCCUGCGGAUGUACCCACUCAAGCUAUCCUGGUGGUUCUGCGCCACUCCCUACAGCAUUCUUAUCUUUAUCUAUGAUGAAGUCCGAAAACUCAUCAUCCGACGUCAUCCUGGCGGCUGGCUGGAGAGAGAGACCUACUACUGAACUCAGCAGAGGAGGAGCUUCCCCUGCCGGGGGCGUCCCAGGACUGGUGGGGGCGGAGGGGUUGGGGUUCUGAGCUUGGCGCAUCUGAAAGAGCCUGAGUUGGGACAGAGUUGCUGGGAUGAAUUACCUGGGAUGAGAGAGACAGGCAAU